UCCGCCUCCUCAUUCGUCUAAUCUUGGACUGCAGGGAAGCGCUUUGAGAGAGCCCCCGGGUCUACUCGGAAAGUAAAGGAUGCGAGCAUGCGCUGAACCACAGUUCUGUACACUCUCCCAAGAUCCACAGAAAAUGAACACACCUCAGGCAACAGUGUCAUUCAAGGACGUGACUGUGGAGUUUACCCAGGAGGAGUGGCGACAGAUGGACUCUGCUCAGAGGACCCUGUACAGAGAUGUGAUGCUGGAGAACUAUAGCCACCUCGUCUCAGUGGGGUACUGCUUUGCAAAACCAGAACUGAUCUUCACAUUGGAACAAGGAGAGGACCCAUGGUUAUUAAAGAAAGAAUUUCUACGAAAGAGCUCCCCAGAAGACUCCCAACCUAAUCAACAUUCAGAGAAGAGCCUAGAAGACCAAGGCAAAUAUUUGUGGCAAGUUUUGUUCACCAACAAAUCAUUGACUACAGCAGAACCAUGUAAUCUGGACAUAAACAUUUUACCUGCAAGAACAAUGCCCUAUAAAUUUGAUACUACAGGGCCUACCUACCUGCAUCUCAGCUCAUUGGCCCCACACUAUCAAUAUUCAAGAAAGAAGGCUCAUGAGCUUACUGAGAAAUGGCUUCUUAGUAUUAAGGAGAGCAGAACUAAUACUAGCCAGAAAUCACUUGUCUAUAGUAAAAAUGUGAAAUCCUUCAGUCAUAAAGAGAAAGUCAUUCAGCAUCAGGCAAUUCAGACUUUGCAGCAAGCUUCUGAGUACAACGAAUGUGAAAAAGCUUUCCUUGAACAGACUGCUCUCAUUGCAUCUGAAAGUAUCCACCCAAAAGUGAAAUCUUGUAAAUUCAGUAAAUUUGGGGUAAAACAAUGUGAUAAAUCAACUUUUAUAGUCUCUCAUAGCCAUAAUCCAGAAGAGAAGAGUCAUUGCGAAUUUAAUGAAUAUGAAUGUGCCAAAAACAGAAAUAAUUUCAGUAGGAUCAUGCAAAGAACUGACACAGAAGGGAAACCUUUCAGCCAAAAAUCACAAAGAGAACAUCAGAAAAUUCAUAUAGGAGUGAAACCCUUUGAAUAUGGAAAGAAUUUCAUCCAUAAUCCAGCCCCCCCAGUGCAUCAGAGAACUCACACAACAGACAAAUCCUCUGAUUAUGACACAUGUACAGAGACAUUAGGUUGCCAGUCAGCUUUCAACAUACAUCAGAGAACUCACAUAACACUGAAACCCUAUGAAUGUAAUGAAUGUGGAAAACCCUGUACUAUGAAUUCAUUCCUGAUUCAGCCUCUGGAAAGUCACACAGGGGAUAAAACCUACGAAUGUCAUGCAUGUGGGAAAGCUUUCAGUGAGAAAUCACGCCUAAGAAAACAUCAAAGAACUCACACAGGAGAGAAACCCUAUAAAUGUGAUGGUUGUGAGAAGUCUUUCAGUGCAAAGUCAGGUCUAAGAAUACAUCAGAGAACUCACACAGGGGAGAAACCCUAUGAGUGUAAUGAAUGUGGGAAGUCUUUCAACUAUAAGUCAAUCCUCAUAGUACAUCAGAGAACUCACACAGGGGAGAAACCCUUUGAAUGUAAUGAAUGUGGAAAAGCAUUCAGCCACAUGUCAGGCCUAAGAAAUCAUCGGAGAACUCACACAGGGGAAAGACCGUAUAAAUGUGAUGAAUGUGGGAAAGCUUUCAAAUUGAAGUCAGGUCUAAGAAAACAUCAUAGAACUCACACAGGGGAGAAGCCCUAUAAAUGCAAUCAGUGUGGGAAAGCUUUUGGUCAGAAAUCACAACUCAGAGGACAUCAUAGAAUUCACACAGGGGAGAAACCCUAUAAAUGUAAUCAUUGUGGGGAAGCUUUCAGCCAGAAAUCAAAUCUUAGAGUGCAUCACAGAACUCACACAGGGGAGAAACCCUAUAAAUGUGAUGAGUGUGGAAAAACUUUCAGGCAAAAAUCAAAUCUCAGAGGACAUCAGAGAACUCACACAGGGGAAAAACCCUAUGAAUGUAAUGAAUGUGGAAAAGCUUUCAGUGAAAAGUCAGUCCUAAGAAAACAUCAGAGAACUCACACAGGAGAGAAACCCUAUAAUUGUAAUCACUGUGGAGAAGCUUUCAGCCAGAAAUCAAACCUCAGAGUACAUCAGAGAACUCACACAGGGGAGAAACCCUAUAAAUGUGAUAAAUGUGGGAAAACUUUCAGCCAGAAAUCCAGCCUUAGAGAACAUCAGAAAGCCCACACAGGGAGUUGAACAUCUGAACAUAAAGAAUAUGGAAAAACGUUGAGCCAGAAAUCAAAUCUCACAAUAUAAAAGAGAAAGAGAACCCUGUGAAUAGAAUAAACUAUUGCAAGUUCCUCUGCAAGAUACCAGUCUUCACAAACAUCAGAGAACGUACACAGGAGAGAAAUUCUGGGAAUAUAUUUUAUAUAGGCAGUCUUUCAUACAAAGUGCAGUCCUCAUUAUGGAUCAGAGAACUCACCCACCAAAGAAAUGAAAUUACAGAGAGAAUGAACAUAAGAAAUACUCUGUACUCAAUCCUCAGAAAACUCACACUGCAGAAAAGGUCUGGGAAUGUAAUAAAAUGUGAAAACUCUGUGUCAAUUAUCAAAAUUUACUCAUCAUCAGAUAAAUGAUACAAUAAGAAAACUGAGAAUGUAAUAAGUGUUUGAUAACUUUUAGCCAAAAGCCACCUUUCUCAGUACAACAGAAAAUGCGUAAAGGUUAUAGACCUCACACUAUUUCAACACAAACAAAAAAUGAGGUAAUGGAUGUGGGGAAUUUUUCUAUUAUAAAUCAGCCCUCAAUUUGACUUACACAGAAGUAAUCCCCAUAUGCCAUAUAAUGGCUAUUAAUUGUUCACCAAUAACCAUUUCCUCUUUUCCCUCAUGCCACACCUAGUCUAAAUUUCUCAACCAGUGUCAUCCAAAUGGUGUCAUAUUAAUAACUUCUGGUUAGGAUUUGGGUGCCAAUGACCAGUCUCAUUUAAUACAUUCCUCGAAUUAAUGUUUUCUCCUGUCCCUUAUUAGAAUGGAGUGGAGAUUUCUCCCAGUGAAACCGUGGGGCUCAUGCACUGAAGAUGGGAAAGUACAAGAUGGAAGGAAACAGGGUAAAGAGUGACUGGAAUGGAGUUUUUUCCUCCAUGUAACCAGUCUUUUUGAAGCAAGGAUAUAAAUUUGUUACUGAGUUUCUACAGGCUUGAGUAUACUCUAUACUGACAUAUACUCACCAAACCCUCAACUAAUAAAGCCUAUGAAUAUGAUUUCUGUGGAUAUCUGAACUCAACAUAUAUCAGAAACCCGACACAGGAGAAACCCCUGACAAUAUCCUGAAUGACCAUAGUUUUUAUCCACAACUCCUCCUCAUCAAUCAGGUAAAUAUCAGUGGAAGAAACUCAACAUUUCAACAUAUGUAGGAAAUCCUUUACCAAAAAAUAAUAUCUCAUCAAAUAUCUGAUAAUUGAAUUGUAAACAUAUGAAAGUUUUCCAACACGUUGUCAAAUUUUAAUCUUUCUCAGAAUGUGUUACAGGGGGAGAAUCUAUCAAUUUGAGAAAGGUAAGUAAUAGCAUCUACUUAGAAAUUGUUUCAUAGAACUAUUGUUACAUAUGAAUUAUGAAAACAGUUAAACAUAACAAUAUUGAUAAUGUAGACAUUCACUGGAAUAAGAAGCUUUAAAAAGAAAUAAAAAAUAAGUUGCUUAAACUGAACAGCGUUGAAUAUAUGUGAAUAUUUUCUGAUUCCUCUAUUUUUUAUCUAUGUGUGUUUGUAUAUGUGCAUGCCACUUACCAGGUAUUUAUAAGUAUACUGGAACCCAACAUCAUUAUAAUAGAAUUAUGUACCCCUUGCUCAGUAACUGUUCUGACAUCAGCUACAUUUUACCACAUGUAGAUUAAUAAGUCUUUUACAGGAAAUAUCUGAAUGGACAGAAUCCCAUACUAUAUUUCAUUUCUCCUGCUGCUUUCUCACAUGUGCAUCUAGGGAAGGAUAUUGUUACUAAACAGUUUUCAAAGAAGCCAAACAGUGUUUUCUGUGUACUUUUGUAUUACCUCAGGGUUGCCAUGCUAAAACAUGGAAAGAGCCUAGAUGUCCUUCAAGA